AUGUCUCAAGAUAAAUCUGAGGCAGUCUCACACGAACAUGACUUGCGAGAGACAGACUCCGAUCCUGAAAACGUCGUCGCGUCACAGGCUAAAGUGAUUGCCGCUCUCACUGCCAGUAAUCAAGAUCUUAUCGUCAACAGCCAGCAGCUCACCAUCACCAACCAGCAACUGAAACUCGAGAAGCAGCAACUUAGCCUCGACAAGCUGCAGCUGCAGGAAAAGCUCAUCAUCAAGGACGAAUUACUAGCAUUCAAGGACAAACUCCUCACCGCAGACCAAUCAGCCAUCGCCGCACACAAGAAGGCGGGCGAGCGCAGGCUCGAGCACAUCUUGUACCUCGAAUCUGAACGGAUCAAUCCCAAUCCGGACGACUUUGAAGCGGCCAGCGAGUACGAAAAACUUUACGAACCUGCCCGUCGUACCCAGAUAGAGCAGCACAAACAAGACCUGAUUGAAGCCGACCUGGCCACCGCAAUGGCGAACUUAGCAUUGGCGAACGACGAAACGAAGCUUGCCGUCGUUGAGAAGAAGUGCUUGCAGCAGCUCGAGACCUCUGUAACUGAGCUACAGAAGCAGAAGGCGGACCUCAAGAUGGACAUACAGACGAUGAACCAGUACUACACCUUCAACGCUCCAGUUAUGUUGACAUCGGUUGGUGGUCAGCUCAGUCUUCCAGGCGGCGCAGCUGAAGUUCCGGCUGCUACGUCUCCCUUUGAACGUUUCCCUGUGACAACUUCCGCUCCCCCUUCGCCAUCAGCCAGCACGCAGAAGCGCCUCCCUGCAGCUUUGGCUCCGAACACCCCAAAGAAGACGACCGCAGCUACACCGUCAUGUUCUCCGGAAAACGGCUCCCCAUUGCAAGGUCGUCAAUCCCGCGUUCGUCACAUCCAUGGUCAAGAGAGCCCUAUACCCGUCGGCAUGCCGGAGUAG